AUGGGAUACUUUGUGACGUAGGUUUUAUUACGAAUAGAAUAAACCAAGUUUAGAUUCCCGGCAAUCCCAGACGAAACUCCAGAAAAUAAUGUUUUCUUGGCCAACAUCGCUCAGAAUGCAGAUUGGCCAUCACUAAGGACAGCCACAGGUAUUCUUUCCGGCAUAACUAUUAAAUUUUUGUCGUUUAGCCAAAGAGAUGUAUGAAGGAACAAUUAGACUCUUGAUGGAGCAUGGGGCAACUGUAAUGGAGCACUUACAACUUUUGGAGAAAGGUAAAAAUAGUCAUCCAAAAAAAAUUUUUGUUUAGAUAAGGAGUUGCCCAGAACGUUCGAAAAUGUAAUGGAUCCUUUGCUGACAGAAUUGUACGAGAUUGAUUACGCAUUCAACACCUUACUAGUCAAGAUGUUGACCGAUUGGCCAGAGUGUUCAACUCGUGCGUUUGAUAUGGACUUUGAUCAUGUUAGUUUAGUGUAUAGAUUUAAGUAAAUUAAUAAUUUAGAUGAAAGUAAUGGUGGCCAGAGAACACAUGGAGAAACUCUCCGAUCCCGAAUUCCAGAAGUCUCUUCAGGCAAUUUAUGAUAAUGGACAAGAUUUGGACGUUUGGAAGACCCGUUUGGUUGAAUUUUUUUUGCUGGAAAUUAAAGCAAGCGGCCUUGACAAAACGGACAGUAAGAUUCGAAGUAUCAUUGGUAGCUGGUCCAAGAUGAUCGAUGAAUAUAGGACUAAAUAUUUGUAAGGCCACUCAUUUUUUAAAACUCCUUUAGGACCAAUAUUCUUUGUACAAAUGAUCAAUUCGUUUUUCAUUUGAAUGAGAAUCAACUCAGAGAUGCUCCACCGCAUAUUCUAAGACAACUUUCGGCAAAGUAAGUACUGUUGCUUAUUCUAACCUUUAUUUAGCAAGACCACAGAAGGACCUUGGAGAGCCCAGAUGGAGCCUUCCUCGAUAUAUUCCUUGCUGUCCUACUGUAACGAUCGGCCUAUUAGAGCACAAGCUUGGGAUCGUUGGGUGUCCCGAGCCUCAUUCGAGCAUGACUUUUACAAUAACUCUGUAAACAUUGAAGAAAUCAGACACAAUGCGUAAGUUUAGGAUUUCCACGAGAUGAUUUUAGUGAGGGGCUGGCCAAGACUUUGGGAUACUCCUCGGUCUCGGAGCACAGGUUGGCCAACAAGAUGGCAGGGUCUCCAGACACAGUCAGGAAUUUCAUUAAUGAGUAAGUUUGACUCUCCGCAGUUUAUUUCUCUAGGUUGACACAUCGGAUGAGACCCGUCUUUAUUGAUAGAAUGGAUGCUUGGCAGAGGUAUGCAGCAGUGAAGGAGAUUAUCACCGGUCAGUUACAACCGUUCGACUUGUUUUACAUUUGUCGAAAAGAAGCACUGGAGCAUUACAGUGUUGAUCCAUUAGCACUGAUGAAGUAUUUCCCAUUCUGGGGGACUUUCAACAACUUGACCCAAAUGUUACAGUACCUUCUAAAAAUUAAAUUUGUGGUGGGCAUGCAUAAGUAGGAUUAACAUGGAAUUUAGGAUAUUUCCGAUCAAGAUCUCCAGCGAUGUCAUCCGUCGUGUCGGAUAUUCUCGGUGGCUGAUACGUUCACAGGGGAGCAUCUUGGAAGAAUUUACAUUGAUCCCUUUGCCAGAGAAGGAAAGAGAGGAAAGUGGAAUACAUUUUUGGGGAGAAGUAAGUGGUAUUAGUGUAAUCGUAUAUAUUCCAGCCGCAAAUGUGGAGCGAAAUUUGGACAAGAUCGUUUACAUGAUUGGGAAUGCUGAGGAAGCAGUCAAUGGUCAAGAAUCUCUUCUUCACUAUUCCCAACUUCAACAGUUACUGUUCCAUGUAAGUUGAGGGGACUUCGGUACGCCGUCCCGUGUCUUUGAUUUUUGGUUGCUUAGCGCCCUAAACCCUUGGCGAAGUUUCGGUUUAGGCCUAGGUUCACGCUGAUCAAGCUUCUUUCUUUUAGUCUCAUCUUUUAGUUCGCGCUUAGGAAGACCUUUUCUGCAGGCUGCGGAAAGUGGGAGGGCUUACGGCAAGCCAACCGAGUAGUUUUCAAAGUCACGAAAUAAUUAUUCGUUUAGGUUGGUAGAGCUGUACAGAUGCUAUUGAGUAAAUCCCCAUAUCGGGAGAUCACCAUCCCAACAGCACCGAUGUAUGCCUCCGAUUGGGAUGCGGCAGAUCUCUUGCCCAAAUUCGUGGAGUUCUUUAUUUAUAAGCCAAAUAUGGUGGCGGCAUUAAGUUGUCCGAAUGUGGAAACAGGAGAAGUUCUGACUGAUGAAAACUGUAAUAAUGUGUCAUGGGCACUUCAAAGGGGAAUGUUGUGGGAAUCCUACAGAACCCUCUUCUGGUCCGACUUUGACCUUACGAUAUUUGAGAUGGAAGAUAGAAAGUAAUAUGGAACUGAAAUUUUUAAGCACCUAAUUUUUAGGAAAGGGUUCUGGCUAGAUGUAUAUCGUAAAAUGUACAAGGACUACUUCCCAUUCGUCCGAGAAAAAACAAACUAUCAGCCUUGCUCAUUCACUCCCAUAUUUGCCAUGCCUCCCUACAUGUCAUUGUAUUAUCGAAAACUAUGGGCUGAGAUGUUAGCCCUCGAUGUUCAUGAGACAUUCAACCACGAGCAACAAGAGGAAGUAACCGGCGAGCGCUUGAAGACGACUAUCCUUUACCCGGGUGCCAGUGAACUUCAAGGAGAGCUUUACAGACGCUUCCAAGGCCGGGAUCCAAGCGUUGGAGCCAUCUGUGACUUCUAUGACCCUCCAGCCAUCGACCUAUCAGAGGAAGAAAAGGGGUUCUAA